AUGUCGCAGAGAGAGAGCCCCGGGCUGCAGGAGGAGAGCCUGCACGGCUCCUGGGUAGAAUUACACUUCGGCAGUAACGGGAGUGGGAGCAGUGUUCCCGAUUCCGUUUCUAUUUAUAACGGCGACAUGGAAAAAAUACUGCUGGACGCGCAGCACGAAUCCGGACGGAGCAGCUCCAAGAGCUCUCACUGCGACAGCCCGCCCCGCUCACAGACCCCCCAGGACACUAACAGAGCUUCUGAGACAGACACGCACAGCCUCGGAGAGAAGAACAGCUCCCAGUCUGAGGAAGACUUCAUGGAGAGGAGGAAAGAGGUCGAAAGCAUCCUGAAGAAAAACUCAGACUGGAUUUGGGAUUGGUCCAGUCGGCCAGAGAACGUCCCCCCGGCCAAGGAGUUCCUGCUCUUCAAGCACCCGAAGCGCGCGUCGACGCUCAGCAUGCGCAACACGAGCGUCAUGAAGAAGGGCGGCAUCUUCUCCGCGGAGUUCCUCAAGGUCUUCCUGCCGUCACUGCUGCUGUCCCACCUGCUGGCCAUCGGGCUGGGGAUCUACAUCGGGAGGCGCCUGACCACAUCCACCAGCACGUUCUGA